AGCUGACCCAGACUGACAGUGAGAGAGACUGAGACGGCCGUCGUCUAGCCGUCGUCACUCUGCGAUCAGAUUUCCUAAUUUGGAAUGACAUCACCCCAUCCGCAUUUGGGCAUCCGCGACUUGCUGCAAACUAUCAUGCCGCCACGACUCUGCGCUCUGUGCCAUGAUGCACGCGCCAUCCUGAAGCGACCAAAGACAGGCCAGCAGAUAUGCAAGGAAUGCUUCUUCUGGGUCUUUGAAACGGAGGUUCACAAUACCAUCACGGAGGCGAAGCUGUUCAAGCCUGGAGAUCGCGUAGCUAUUGGCGCAUCUGGAGGAAAAGAUUCUACAGUACUCGCGCAUGUCAUGAAAACACUGAACGACCGCUACGAGUAUGGAUUGGAGCUGUUCCUCUUGUCGAUCGACGAAGGUAUCACGGGAUACAGAGACGACUCCCUGGAGACCGUGAAACGGAAUCAGCAGCAGUAUGACAUGCCACUCAAGAUCCUUUCCUAUGACGAACUGUACGGCUGGACGAUGGACGCCAUCGUCUCGCAGAUUGGCAAGAAAAACAACUGUACUUUUUGCGGGGUCUUCCGUCGCCAGGCGCUAGACCGAGGGGCCGCAUCGUUGCACGUCGACCACAUCGUGACUGGCCAUAACGCAGACGACAUCGCUGAGACGGUCCUCAUGAACAUCAUGCGCGGGGAUAUCGCACGGCUCGGCCGUUGUACAUUGAUUUGUACUCAGGGCGAAGACACCAUCAAGCGUUCAAAGCCCUUCAAAUAUGCGUACGAGAAGGAAAUCGUGAUGUAUGCAUACUUCAAGAAGCUCGACUACUUCUCGACGGAGUGCAUAUACUCACCGGAUGCGUACCGAGGUCAUGCAAGAGCCUUCCUCAAGGACCUCGAAGCCGCGAGACCGAGUGCAAUCAUCGACAUCAUACACUCGGGAGAGAUGUUCGAAGUGAAAGAAGAGGUCAAGGCUACCCAAAAGUCACAGAAGACAUGUAAGCGCUGCGGGUACAUGUCCAGCAACGAACUGUGCAAGGCGUGUACCUUGCUCGAGGGUCUGGAGAGGGGGAUGGCCGCUGCUGCAGUGACGGAGCGCGCGCGCAAAAAGCUCGAUGCUGAGGGCCCAGCUCCGGAGAGCCUGCGCACGAUACCCUUCUUUCAGCAAUCACGAGGUCCACAUCCGUCCGUCGCGCUAGAGCGGCCGACAUAGUACGCGUCAGCUUGGCGGCUGGCAUCCCUCGCGAAACCGAUUUUUCGCAUAUGUAGCCAUAGUCAUCUUGUAGCAAUUUACUCGGAAAGCCCCGCUGCUUGGGCUGUGUACCACAAUUCAUCCCGGACGCCUGCUUGUCGUCCCACUGAAUCUCCUGAUCACCUGGCCUGACAUCCAUCCGUGUUUCUCGGACUGCGUGCGUCAG